AUGGCUUUGCGGAGCCGGAUCACCUCUUCACCUCUGGCAUGCCGUUGUGGCAUGCCACCCUUGGCAAACCUUGAGGACCCCUUCGAGGUUCUUUUUAGCACAUCUGUGCUGGGGGAAUGUAAUAAAGCAGCAUCCCCAGGCAGCACCAGGCCAGGGCCAGGGAAGAGAAGUCAGGGCAGAUGGGAGGCCAAGUUAUUCAGCAGCCGAACCUUUCUCCAUCCUGUGCAGGAUUUGCAGUUUGGGCUUGGGUCUCAGCACAGAGAGGGAAAAGCAUCAGCCUCUGGCUGGGCCAGAGCAGAGAAGGGCUGUCACCUGCCCCAUUUCCAGUCCAAGGAGAUAAUGAAGAGGUGCAAACACCAGCAGGAACAGCUGGGCCCGGGAACGUACAACAUCAGGGACUUUCUGCAGGAGACACGGCCCUGCAGCCUCCGGGGGAUCUGCGACACGAGGGAGCAGCGGUUCAGAGAUGGCCGACGGGACUGCUUCCCCGGCCCUGGCACCUACGGCCCCCGGGGGAACCCCUACGCCCACCUCGAGGAGCGGGACAAGCGCUCUGCCAGCAGGCGAGGGCUGAUGGACAGCAGGACGGAGAGGUGUGCCCUGCCGGCAGCCCUGGGCAGCGGCCUGGGACCCGGCACCUACCACCUGCGGAGCAGCAUUGACGAGGGGCUGCGGCGGGUGAUGGGCUCCAGACACUGCCAGCCCUUCUCAGGAGGCAGGUCAAAGCCUGCAGGUGGUGGCCAUCACGCCUUGGAGGUGCGCACUGAGCUGAGCACUGUCGCUGUCAAGGGAUUCACGGACGAGCUGAUGUUGAGGGAAAACAAGAAGAAAGGCUGCUUCAGCACCCUGCCAAGGAACCCAGGCUGCCCCACGGAGAGGAUCUUCUGGGCCACGCUCAGCCAGUGCCCGAGGGAGGCGUGGGCGGUGGGGCCAGGCUCCUAUAACCCAAAGCCCGUUGAGAAAUCAGCAUACUUCAGCCAACCUCCAUUCUGGUCAUCUGCCAAGAGAUUCGACAGAAAGUCCUACCGCCUCUUUACUGGGAACGAGAACCCUGUAGGUGUUGGCCGCUACGACAUCACCACGCAUGAAAAAUACCCUCGGAAGAUGAGAUACCAGUCCCUGUACCAGUGUGACACGCAGCGGUACCUGAGCAACUUGAAGCGGGAUGCCUACUUGCUCAAGCGGCUCAAGCCUGUAGCUAAAAACAACUGGAGCGAUUUGAUUUCUGCUCCAUGUUGUCCGGAUACCUCUGAAGACGUCGCUGCUGUUUCCCAAACAUAA